AUGUUCAUGUCUGGAAAACUCCUCGCAAGCUUUCUGCUAUUGCUUGGAGGGUCAUUAGCAACUCCCAACCGUUACGAGACACGGGCUACUAUGAAGUGCGAGACUUUCACAAUAGACCCACCAAUCUAUCGUCAUGCGACUGACACCUGGACCACUGGCUGCAUCACUGUCCCCUGCGACGGAAACCAACUUUGUUGCCAGGGUGGGGAGCCCUGCCAAAUACCGUACUGUUAUACGUGUCCUUAG